AUGACUCCUCACAGCGAGAUUUCCGAGGACGCCGGCAUCCCUGUUCACACCAACGGAGCUUCCAACGGCACCAAUGGCACCGCCCCGGCCCUCUUCAAUGGCAGCAGCAACGGCAUCUCCAACGGUAUCUCUAACGGUACCACCAAGUUCAAUGGCAGCACCACCCCCUCCAACGGCGUCAAGGCCCACAAGGAGCGUUCCAAGUACCUCGAGGCCUCUCCGCUAGACUCUGAGUUUGAUCUCAUCUGCGCCGGUUUCGGCCCCGCCUCCCUCGCCGUGGCCAUUGCCAUGAACGAUGCCAUUGCCAACGGCCAGAAGCUUCGCGCCGACGGCGCUCCCCCCAAGGUGCUUUUCCUCGAGAAGCAGUCUGCCUUCGCAUGGCACGCCGGCAUGCUCCUGUCUGGCGCCAAGAUGCAAAUCUCUUUCAUCAAGGACCUGGCCACCCUCCGCGACCCUCGAUCCGAGUUCACUUUCCUCAACUAUGUCCACCGCAACGGCCGUCUCAUUGACUUCACUAACCUGGACACCUUCCUGCCCGCCCGCGCCGAGUUCGAGGACUACCUUCGCUGGUGCUCUUCUUUCUUCGACCACGUCGUUCAGUACAACAACGAGGUUGUCGCCGUCACCCCCGUCAACAAGGAGGCUGGUGCCGUAAAGACCUUCACCGUCCAGGCCCGCAAUGGCAAGACUGGCCAGCUCCAGUCUUUCCGCACCAAGCAGGUUCUCAUUGCCGCCGGUGGCCAGGCCUCGCUCCCCAAGAGCCUCCCCUCCAAGAACCCCCGCGUCCUCCACUCCUCCCAGUUCGCCACCUACGCCCCCCAGAUCCUCAGUAAGACCGAUGCGCCUUACCGCGUUGCCGUCAUUGGUGCCGGCCAGAGCGCCGCCGAGAUCUUCAACAACGUCCAGUCACUAUACCCCAACUCCAAGACCUCCCUCCUCAUGCGCCAGGAGUUCCUGCGACCUAGUGAUGACUCGCCCUUCGUCAACACCAUCUUCAACCCCGAGUACGUCGACAACAUCUACCCCAGGUCGGCUUCCUCCCGACAGAGCUUCCUGGAUGAGGUCCGCGCCACCAACUACGGUGUUGUGCGCCUGAACCUGAUCGAGCACCUCUACGAGAAGAUGUAUGAGCAGAAGCGCCUGAUUGGCGCCGACGAGACCCAAUGGCCUCAUCGUAUCCUUGCCGGCCGCGAGAUCACCAGCGUCGAGGAGAAGGGUGACAAGAUCGAGAUCCGCGUCCAGAAGAUCCACGACAUCCCCCUGGACGGCUACGUCGAUGCCGCUGACGAGGAGGUUCUCGAGGUUGACCUCGUCGUCGCUGCCACUGGCUACAGGCGCGACGCCCACGUCAACAUCCUCAAGGAUGCCUGGACCAUGCUGCCCAAGACCGUCACCCAGCGCAACGCUACCCAAUUCAGCAAGCCCGUGACCGGCUGGAACGUCGACACGGAGCAGGGCGAGCGCAAGUUGGCUGUCGGCCGAGAUUACAAGGUCAAGUUCCAGCCCGGCUCCGUUGCCGAGGGCUCCGGUGUCUGGCUGCAGGGCUGCUGCGAGGGAACUCACGGGGUAAGCGCACACAUUCCCAUGCAUCAUCAAUUUAGUCAACCGUGCUAA